GGGACUACAGUCAUCGGUGUAAAAGGAGCAGGUUUCCCCCAAUCUGUUUCGUUUCGUAUUCUAGUCAUAAAUAUUCUCUUUCUUGAGUGUUUCUACGAUUAUUGUAUCCUUGCAUAGGGUUCGGUUCUACAACGUGGAAAAACGAAUACAACCGAUUUAUUUCAAUUCAUUCGAAACAGAGACGACAUGCGUUCUGUCGUAUUCCAUGGGCCUUACAAAGUAGCGGUUGAGGAGAGACCGAUCCCGAAGAUCGUGGAUCCUGGGGAUGUAAUUCUGAAAGUGUCGUAUACGGCGUUAUGUGGGAGUGAAUUGCACGUCUUCCGCGGCCUCGAGGCCUCUGGAACGGGCUAUAUCAUGGGCCAUGAAUUCGUGGGAGAAGUCGUCGAAGUCGGUGAUGAAGUUGAGACUAUUAAGAAGGGUGACAAGGUUGUGCCUGCGUUUACAACUUCAUGUGGUGAAUGUUUCUACUGCAAACGCCGCACCUCUUCCCGUUGUGAGAAGUGUCUCCUGUUCGGUUCCGAAAAAUUGGACGGCGGACAAGCUGAAUAUGUCCGUGUCCCAAAUGCAGACGGCAGCGUGAUGAAAGCCCCUGAGGGAAUUGAAGAAAAAUACCUUGUGCUCAUGGCAGAUAUUUUCCCUACCGGAUAUUUCGCAGCGAAAAAUGCCUUCAAGCACUUCAGCAAAGAAGAAAUAUCCGAGCAGACUGUCCUGCUCAUCGGUUGCGGACCCGUUGGCCUCUGUGCGUUGAUCAACGCAUUGGAGUACAAACCAAAACAUCUGCUUGCAAUCGACUCCAUCGAGUCUAGGCUCGAGCUUGCCAAGUCACUUGGUGCGGAGCCUUGGAAUUUCCAGAAGGACAGGGCUGGUUUAGACAAGCGCGUCCUCGAGCUCACCAACGGACGAGGUGCGGAUGCUGUUAUCGAAGUGGUUGGGUUGAGUCCGGCCCUGCGAACUGCUUUCGAUCUGCUUCGGCCUUGGGGAGUCAUCAGCAGCGUAGGAGUGCACAAUGGAGAGAUUCCGUGGGAUGGAAACGAGGCAUACGGCAAGAACUUGACGAUACAGAUGGGAAGAUGUCCCGUGAGAUCAGUGGCCGCAGAGGCUCUGGAGGUACUGAAGAAAAACCAGCAUUUGCUUGGGUAAGCGACCCCUUCUCAUUUGGCCUGUUUUUAACAUUCGCGGACACCGGCUAACGUGCAUGGCAGUUUUAUGACCGACCAUAUCAUGCCCCUCUCCAAAGCCGUCGAGGGCUAUGAGAUUUUCAAUGCAAUGAAGGCGCAGAAGGUCAUCUUCGAGGCUAGUAAGUAAACAGGAUAGGAGCUUCUGUUAAGGAAAUCCCACCCGGGCCUAUGUGGCGUUGUGCAUGGCUGGAAACCGUCACCCACGAAGCAAAUCCUGCGGGAAAACUGCUUUUAAAAAUAUAUAGUGUACCCAGCGAGGUUAUUUGAAGUUUCAGAGGAGUCUAGUUUCCGUUUUCCUUUCAUGUUUUUGUUUUUUAGCAUAGGCUGUGGCAAUUCAACGAUGAUCUCGGCUGGGAUAGCCGGAAAGCCAGUACGAAGGCUGCAAGCCAGUUAUGAAAUUGAGCUUUAUAUGCAUGAUUGAAUCCAGCCGAUAUCACUACCCUCUGAAGGGUGCCUGACCUGUUGAUGUGAUACAGACUGGAACGGCUCUGGAGGAGGGGCAAGC